AUGACAGAGCGUGACAUCCAUCGUGAGUUUGAUCUCGGAAAGGGCGCCGGAGGAGUGGUAACGCGCGUGAAGGCUGAAGCAAGGUCUCGGUGGCGGAAAUUUUCGUGGGCGCAAUUGCUCGUUUCCACAUUUCCGAUUAUUGGCGCUAUCAAGACCUACAGUCGGCACCAGUUAAACGCCGAUUUCUUUUCAGGGAUAUCAGCAGGCGUUAUGGCAGUUCCCAUGGGGAUGUCGUACGCGAUGCUUGCGAACCUUCCUCCUCAAUUCGGUCUCUACGUGGGGCUCUUUUACCCUCUCUUCUACAUGCUGAUGGGGACAGGGAAACAUGUCGUGGUGGGAGUCUCUGCGAUCGAAGAUCUUCUCGCGGGCGAAGCUGUGUCGCGAAUCAUCGGAGAAAGGGAAUUCGUCUCUCAGCUGGAGUCCCAGAAGAAGCUGCUUCUCGACGAGGGGCUAGCUGACUCGGCUCUGCAAGACGCCCUCUUGAGGCGAAUCGAAAGUCAAGAAGCAAUUCUGGCGCAGGCCAGGAUCGAUAUUUCAAUCGGCCUCUGCGUGUGUGUCGGCGUAGUGUAUGUCAUCAUGAGAGUCCUACAAGCCGGUCUCCUUGCCGAUCUUCUCUCCGUGCCCGUCCUUUCCGGCUUCUCCACCGCUAGCGCCUUUCUUAUUGGCACGUCUCAACUCAAACACAUGACCGGACUGGUCGUCCCUGCCGACGUCGAAAACGCAGACUUCAAAAUCAUAAGACAAUGGUGGCAUUGCUUCAGUAACAUUUCGCAGUGGAACGGCAUGGCGGUCGGGAUCUGCUGUCUCUCCAUCGGGAUUCUCGCAAUUUGCAAAUUCCUCAGUCGCCGCUACUUCAAGUGUUUUCCUCUUCCGGGACCGCUGAUCGUCGUCGCGAUCUUCACGGCCAUCACGUACCUGUGCCGCCUGGACGAGAAAUUUGGGGUAAAAGUUAUCGGUCUCAUUCCCGACGGGUUUCCGUCCGCGCGUCUUCCGUCCUUCUACGUCCCGGUCCUGCCGGCUAGUGACCUCGACGGCAGCGCAGUCACCUAUCGACUGGCGUUCCUCGACGUCCUGCGCGAGGCGUUCCCGUUGACAGUGAUGUUCUUCAUCAUUCACAUCUCCAUCGCGAAAACGAUCACGCAGCAAAAGAAAACGUAUCAGAUUGAUCCGGACCAGGAGCUGACGGCUCUGGCCUUCUGCAACUUCUUGGGCUCCUUCUUCCAGUGCUUCCCGUGCGCCACGUCUCUGUCGCGCACGUCGGUCGUCUCGGCGACAGGCGCACACACGCAGCUUCACAACAUCAGCAACGUAUUGGUGAUGAUUCUCACGCUCUCCCUCAUUACCCCGCUCCUGUACUUCCUUCCCAACGCCGUCCUGGCCGCUGUCGUCCUCUUUGGGGUCUAUGGCAUGAUGGAUUUCUCCGAGUUCUUCCGGCUCUGCAGAAUCGGCGGUCUCGACGUCCUCCUCUGGCUGGUCUGCUUCUUCAUCACGAUCGUCUUUGGCGCGAUGGAGGGGAUCCUCGCCUCAAUUGUUCUCUCUCUGCUCUGGCUUCUGCGCAAGACGGCGCGACCGCAGUGCAUCGUCUUGGGGCGUCUCCCGCAAACCUACAUCUACAGGAACAUCGAGCGGUUUCGCAUGGCGAAAGAGGAGCCUGGCAUCAAAGUCGUACGCUUCGACGCGUCUCUAAACUUCAGCAACAGCGACUACUUUGACAGCCGUGUUCGGCAGAAACUGGAGCCGUCAACGCGGUACCUCAUCAUUGACGGAUCGUCGAUCAAUGACUUGGAUGUGACUUCGAUUCGCAUGCUUCAGCGCCUGUGUGCGUACCUACGGCAGCAAGGAAUUAUCAUGUUGUUCGCCAACUGGAAAGGCCCCAUGCGCGAUUUCCUACAGAGAGCUCAGUUCUACGAAACGCUUCCUCCAGAACACUGCUUCCUCUCUCUCCACGAUGCUGUUUUUUGGGCGAAACGGAAGCUCGCUGCGGAACAGAAACUUGCGCGCGAAGGCGAGCAUUCUUCCUUGACUGCGCGGGACGCCGCUGCGCCUCUCGAACCCUUCUACUGGCAAAGCAAACGAGGCGGCACGAGCGACGUGCGCAUGUUGCCAGAGGGCGUCGCGGGCGCGGUCGAGGCCGGGCAGAGCUUGAGUUGCUUGCCCACGACGGAGUGCGUCGUCCCGUCUCUCGACUUGUCGGUAGCAACCUGCACCGCGUCGCCUGUGGUGUGUGUCGACGAAGCCGAGAAAGACAGCAGCAAGAGGUCGAGAGAAGACAGAAGGGAAGAAGGCGAACGCCUCGGUUCGCUAGCGAAGGUGCACAAGCAAAACGGGACUCUGUCUAUUGUCGCUCCUCCCGGUUCACCUACUGGAGAAGGGGCCGCCGGCUCGCUGAUUCCUGUGGAGCUGAGUGCAGUCGCCUGCGGCAGCGAGAUCGCCACCCUACCGCAGUCUCUCAGUCGACCGGGAGGACCAGAUCCCUCACAGACACGCCGCGAAGGCGAAGAAAGGGCGAGAUACGAUGCAAGGAACGCAGCGUGCAGGGUCGAGAGAGGUGUAACGGGACCUCCGUCCUCCUCACCUAGCAGCACGGUGGUCCAGGAUGACUCGACACCCGGGGAGCCUGCGCGCCGGCGAUCCUUCAGUGAAGUCUUUCCAUGCCUAGUGCGCCGUCUGAGCUCUGUGGCGAGUACGGCAAAAACCACGGAGGCAGACGGGGACGCGGCGCCGAAUCCGAAUUCCGCAGCGGCUUCCCUGUCUCCCUCGCGGGCGAACUUGCGCGGCUCCAAGACGUUCUCAAACACCCGGCACAGAGGUGCACGCGCCUCGGCCACCCAGAGAGUCGAGUGGGGCUGGGACGGCCUGAGUGCAUGCGACCCAGGGAUGAUUCGCGUGGUGACAGAAGUCACGGGGACCGGCCGGAGCGUCAACUGGGCGGUUCUCCAGACCGGCCGCGAUUCGCUACCUGGUGUACCUACGGUUGUGACUGGCGCUGCGCAGCUCGCCGGGCAACGCGAGUCUGACGCGCCGGCUUUGCCUCGAAGGGACGCCGCUGAGAAGGCGGGGCCUGCAGCUGGAGAAGCGGAUCUACCACAAAGGGAUUGA